GGAGCGGAAAGCUAAUUUGCUAGGGGAAUAACUUGCUAGUCUAUUGGCUGUACGGGAAUGAUUACGGGAAAAAAUUUAUAUAUAUCUUAUGUAAAACUUGAUUUAUAAUAGCUAACGCCAAGCUCCACGUUUACUUUACAGAUUGUUUGUUGUAAUUUUUCAAUUUUUAUGUCCUGCUUAGUUGGAACUGAUAAAUUGUUGCAUUUGCAGAAAUCUUGUUAUUCAUUUUCACUGCAAGUCCCUGGUUCUCAAAAGAGAGCUACUUAUACUGAUUUUUAAUGAAGAUAAAUAAUGAAUGUUUGAAUUUCCAUCUGCGAGUGCUCUGGUUAAACUCAUUUUUUUCAAGUUAUCUUCCUCUCUGUUUCGGUUUAAACAAAAAAUAUUAGCUUCCACAAGUAUUGUAAUUUUGUUGUAUAACUAUAUAUCAAAAUUGAAAAGUUUGGAUAGUGCUAUUUCUAUUUAACACCCCUUUUUUUUUCUCUCAAUCUGAUUAGUGGAGGAAAUACUUCCUCACAAUAUCAUGUUGGUCCAGCAGACCUGAAUGUUUUGCGACUUGCGCUGUACAUUAUUUGAUCAAAUUUAUUAGCAAAGUCUGUCACUAGUUAUGUCCAGCUCUUUGAAUUGCUUUUGAAGUCUUGGUGUUGUUAAGAUUUCUAAUGCUUAGUAGGCCUAAAGUACAGAGUAAGUGGCUGAUUGCUGCAGUUUUCGGUAUUAUCUUCUUUUGGAAGCAUGACAUGGAAGCAGUAUGGGCUACUUCAGGUGGAAUUAUCAAUAUUUGUCUCUCAAUUGUACUGAAGAGGAUACUUAACCAAGAACGCCCUGUUUCAACAUUAAGAUCAGACCCUGGAAUGCCUUCUUCACAUGCCCACUACAUCUUCUACACACUCACAUUCUGUAUCCACUCAAUGAUUCAAUAUUUCGGAUUGAAUGGAAUAACUGCAGUUGUUAGUGCGUUUAUCUUAGUAAUGGGCUCGUACUUUUCGUGGCUACGAGUUUCACAACAACUUCACACAUUAAACCAAGUAGCAGUGGGUGCUGUAAUAGGAUUCUGUUUUUCCAUUUUCUGGCUCUAGUUGUGGAAUGUCGUAGUCAUGAAAGCAUUUAUAGCCCACUUUUGGGUUCGGUUUGUAGUUGUUGGGGCUACUGUUUUUUGUAUUGCUUUUCUCCUAUACGUUAUUCGAAAUUAGGGUCUUGACGAUAACACUGAAUAUUCUUUAUAGACGAUCAUACUAAUACAGAACACAGAAUAUAUAUGGUCGUAUAGUAAUUGACAAUAGUUUUUUUUUGCUA